AUGUCGUUAACAAUGUCAUCUUUCCCAGGGCUUCUCAGCGCAGCAACUGGUGUCGCUCUACACAAUCUGCUCUUCAGAUAUGGAGAGUGGGAUAACAGUGCCCCAGCCAUCAUUGGCUCCUACGCGACCGUGUUUGCCGUUUUGAACGGGUUGAAAUUGGUGGGACUGGUUACUCAACUUCAAGAUCUGAAUAUAUACUGCCUUCUUACGUGCCACCUCCUCGGUCUUACUAGCAGCAUCAUCGUUUACCGUGUGUACUUCCACCGCUUACGAAAUUUCCCUGGUCAUGUCCUCGCUGGUGCCACGUCGUGGUACGCUAAUAUCUUGUCGGCUAAAAAACUUCACAAUUUCGAAGUAGUCGAUAAACUACAUCGACAAUAUGGAGACUACGUGCGUAUCGGUCCUCGAGAGUUGUCUAUUACGGAUCCACGAGCCUUGCCCUUUAUAUAUGGACCUACAUCUCAAACAACAAAGGGUCCUUUCUACGAUGGCGCCCAACCAUAUAUAUCAGUUCACUCUACAAGAAAUAAGAAAGAUCAUGCUCGACGUCGCAAGGGGUGGGAUCGAGCUUUUAGCUCCAAAUCUCUUCGUGAUUAUGAGGAACGUGUAUCCAAAUAUGCUGCCCAGUUGUUAUCGGUACUUGCGGACAAUGUUGGCCAACCUAUUGACAUGUCUCGGUGGUUCAACUAUUACAGCUUCGACGUCAUUGGCGAUCUGACAUUUGGAAAAUCCUUUGAUAUGCUCAUAACUGGCAAGGAUGCCUAUAUGCUCAAGACUUUGCACGAGCAAAUGCAGUCGUUGGGGCCGUUUCUACAUUCCAUUUGGGUUAUUCCUCUGUUCAAACUGAUUCCUGGGUUGAACAGCAGCUAUCUCGAAUAUUUCGAAUGGGUCAAGAAGCAGGUUGAAAAUCGAUUCAAGAAUGUGCCAGAGGAUCCAGAUAUGUUCAUGCAGCUCGAAACAGAUUUUAAUAAGGGGAAACAAACAACGAAAGAUAAAAUGCAUUUCUAUGGAGAAGUCAAUACCGGUAUUGUUGCUGGGAGUGACUCAACGGCCUCAACGUUAACGAAUUUAUUCUAUGAGCUCGCUAUCGCGCCUGAAUUCACUCUUUUGCUGCAAUCCGAAAUCGACACAGUUAAAGAGCCAACAUAUCAAGAUCUAUCCCGAAUGAAAUUGCUCAACGCCGCUAUUGAUGAAACAAUGCGCUUGCAUCCGGCUAUACCAUCCGGUAUGCAGCGUCUGACUCCUCAGAAAGGUGUAAUGAUCGAUGAUAUCUAUAUUCCGGGUGACUGCUUGGUUCAGAUACCUCUUUACUCAUUGUUCAGAGAUGAACGCUCAUUUGUACGGCCAAAUGAGUUCAUUCCGCAGCGCUGGAUUGACAGGCUGGACCUUGUCAAGAACUCAUCUGCUUAUGCGCCUUUUGGCCUUGGACCAUUUGCAUGCGCUGGCAAACAACUCGCACUCAUGGAAAUCAGACGAAUCACAGUGGAGCUUCUCUCCCGAUAUGACAUUUCUUUUGCAAAAGACCAGACUCGAGAGGCGUUUUAUGAGGGUCAACAAGAUGCGUUCACUUUAGUUUGUGGAAAACUGCAACUUGUGUUUACAGAGCGAAAGUCAACAGGGGGUUGA